CUUGUAUUUUGCUUUAAUAUUCUUGCAAUCCUGUAAUCCAGAAUUGCUAAAUAGUCUUCUAUUUCCCGUAUCUAUUUGUGGUGUCUCUUCCUACUUAUAUUGAAAUUUGACUUUUUUAUUCUUAACUCUUUUCUUCAGCUCAAGGUUUUACAUUUUAGUGACUCUUCACACAGUUUUUCUUUCCUUACCUAGAAAUGGACUCAAAAAUCAAGGAAGAAAUCCCUGUGCAUGAGGAAUUCGUUUUGUGUUGUGGAAUUGAAACCCAGGUCCUGAAAUGUGGGCCCUGGACUGACCUCUUAAGUGAUCAAGGUGCCAAUAGGCCUAAGGUGCUUAUUUUCAUUAUUACUGGUAACCCAGGUUUAACUACAUUUUAUUUGCCAUUUGCAAAGGCUUUGUACUCUUUGAUAAAUGGACGUUUUCCAGUUUGGAUUAUCGGUCAUGCUGGGCAUUCUGUCGCCCCCAGAGAUAAAAAGAUUCGUGCAGCCUCAGAUGAUUCAAAUACUCAAGAAAUUAAGGACAUCUAUGGACUCCGUGGUCAAAUAGAACACAAACUAGUUUUCCUGAGAACUCAUGUGCCAAAGCAAAUAAAACUUGUGUUAAUUGGCCAUUCAAUUGGCUGCUAUAUUUCCCUUCAGAUGUUGAAAUAUGCUCCUGAGCUUCCAGUGUUUAAAACUUCAAAAACUACAUCGAAAAGGAUGCUAGCAUGUUUGAAAUAAUAUUAUUAUUCUAUAAACAUAAGGAAGAAAAUACUCAUUUCUGUGUUUUUCACCAUCUAUUAACUUAAUCACAGAUCUGUCCUUUUGGCUUUUGUUUGUUUUUUGCUCCAAAUCCAUUCUGCAUGUAAGGUAUGAUUUCUCUUGUGUAUAUUUGAAAACAGUCGCUCAAUGCCUUUGCUUUGAAUCCCUCUCUAUUUGGGCUUGCAUUCACAAUGUCUGUUGAGAAAGAAGUACAAUGCAUUUUAAAGACUAUGUAGUUUCUUCUGCUUCCUCAGCUUUCUAACUUUCUAAUUACUGUACUGCUCGACUUUCAGGUGUUCCUGCUCUUGCAGGAAUAGUGGUGAAAAGGAAAAAGAAGAUGAAACAUGAGCUUAACCUAGUGUAUUUGUGGAGACAUAACUCAUGUUGUGAUUAUAGUUUUCAGAGAGACAUGCAAAACCACGUUUUAUCUUCUUAAAAAGGGUAUGUUCUAGAAAAUAACGAGUGCUAUAAAUUGUCCAUAAAGGUCGUUUUUUUGGGGGGAAGGUGGGGGAAGGAAGGUGAACAUCUGUAUGAUUUUUAUUAUUCAAAAGCUUUAUCUGGUUUCAAUUAACUCUGCAUUGUUGAAUCUCUGUCUGUCUCUCUCUCUCUUUACACACCUGGGCCAGUCAAUAUUGGUGGUGUGAUCCCUGCCGAAGUGUUGAAAUUUCAGUGUCUCUGGGCUAGUGUAAGACGGCGCAGUGCCUGCACGCCUGAAGUUAGCAUGACAUGCUCCAUUUAAGAUGCAUUUAGCAAUCAAAUAAGUUUGUGUAAGGCACAGAGUUGCGAUCCAUAAUCAUUUUGCCAAAAAUAAGUUAGCUGUUAUGUUUUAUAAUGUAUGAAGUGUGAUAAUGAGAAACUUGUGCUUUUGUCUCUUCUGUUAUUUUUACUGGACUUUUUGGCUCCCAUAAGAUUUUUAGCACAUAUGUGUAGUUUAGUAGUGGGUUUAUUUGGUUUUAUUUUGGUUUGGUUCUUUGCAAUAUUUGUGUUACUAAUUAUGGGAACCUUUGUCUUAGGAUCAUUUUAAGAGGUGUUUAUUUCAUAUGUCGAAUAUAUUGUCUGACCUGUGUUUUAAGAUAAUGGAAAAUUAAUUGCCUCUUUAAAAAAUCUGGCAUUUAAAAAUGUUUUUUUUUAUUUCUUUAAGCAAUUAGGUGCCUGUGAUUUGAAAAUGUUUCAGAUAUUUUGACAGUAAUUUCCAGAAUAGAAAUUUUAAAAAGAAGCUUGAGAAAAUAGACAUUUGAAAGUCUGUUAAAUAGGAACUGUCAUGACUUAUAAUAAUAAAUACAAUUUAUUUUUUGACUCAUAGGAACUUAGAACAGAGAUGGGCUCUGGAGACAGUCUGGUCCCAUCUUUCAUGUCACAGAUAAGAGCUGAGAGAAGGGUGCCUUGCCAGGAUUCAGCCUUGGCUCAGUCUGAAUCCUGGCUGGGGUACAGUUAUAUUAGCUGUGGGUAUAAAAAGAAGGUAUCUGAUGUUUCAACCUUUGGAUGAUGGCAGAGGCUACAGGUAGUAUGGUAUUUCCCUGCAGUAUACACAACUAGAUUCAUGUGUUAUUCAUUAUGUUACAGUUUAAAAAAUGAGAGACCCCGUGAAUCUUUUAGCAAUUUCGGGGAGCAGGGAACAGGAGCAAAAAAGUAGUAGUCUUAUUCCUAGUAUCCAGAAUCUUCUCUGUCUCAUCAUCCGUGCUCAUAUGUUUGAAAUGUACCAUCUGAUUUUGCCAGUAAGUCUUUUGCAUAAAGCUCAAGAUUUGAGAGUUGGAAACCCUUGAUUCUUACCUGGGCUCGGCAGUGAGUCAUGGGGUGAAUGUCAAGUAAUUAGAGUUACUUUCCUCUUGAGAAUUUUAUAGCAUUUGAUGAUAAUACUUAACCCCAUUCCAUGGAUCUUAGAUCUUUCAAAAGCUUGAUUUUUUAUAUUAUUUGGCUUUCCUUGGGGAAAAUGCACAAUAACAGAGUUUCCUUUUUCUGUUCUGGUUGGCAAAAAUAUCUUCUUUCUAAAUGAAAUUUCCAGAUUACAUAAACCCACUCCCUUAAGCUCUAGACUAUUUUUAUCCAAUUGGAUAAAAACUUGUCUAAAAUAUAUUAUUGACUUACCUGUCUUCAACAAUCCAUAUUGAUUAUAAAGAAAUUUUUUUCUUAAUAAUUCAAGGGCAUCAUUUUGAUAGUGUUAUUAUGUUAGAAUAAAGUGUAGUCAAAGGGUUUUGCCUAUGUCUGUAAAUUUCUUGGGUAGUAGCGGUUUUCAUCUUUAAAUUUCUUAUGUCUUUUUUGUAGUUUUCCUGUGUCCUCCCUCAGUUUUAGAUGCCACUUCUCUUUUCUAAUUCUAAUUCAUUGCUGCUAAUUAGCUGUGAGUAGGGAAAACAUAAACAUGUUACAGUUCUGUCUCAAGUAAGAAUAAACAGGUCCUAAGUAAAGAUAACCAAACCCACUGCUGUCGAGUCGAUUCUGACUCAUAGCGACCCUACAUGAAGAUUAAAAAAAAAAUAAACCUAGUUGCUGUUGAGUCUAUUCC